AUGGGGACGGAUAUGAACGAGGUUCGAGAACGUGCAGAACGAGCCGCUCUAGUGUUUACCCGUGGUGGAUCAAUGGGGUAUCUGCUGGCCAUCGCCAUUCCGCUGCUAGUGCCGGGCCGUAACAUCUAUCUGUCGCACAACUUCGAGGCCAACUAUGGAGUGCCAACGAACGAAACGCAGUACUUCCAGUGGUAUCAGCGCUUUAAGGAUAACAACUUCAAUCUCACUGAAGCGAUCGCCACUAGCCGCCACGAGCGCCGUCGGCGAAGUCUACAUGGAUUCAACAGAAGCUACUUCUAUGGCCAACUGCUGGAGCGAAUGGAGCUGUAUGGGCUCAAUGCGACAGGUUGUAUACUGCGGAUCAUCUGUGAGAUGCGUGAGACACGGGUCGAGGAUCAUAAUGGAGUGUUUGGUGAUGUGCUAGCAGUGAUCUUAAGUCCCUCGUCGUCCAUGGAUGAAAACUUACCGGUGGUGUACUACGAGGCUGAAUCGUCCGGUGCUAAUGAAGGCUGUGACCGAUACCGGGACUUUUGCGCCACUGACUUACUCGGAUUGGUGUCGACCGUGUUGUAG